UGAAACCUUUCGUCUUUCUCUUUCUUCUUUCUUCAUUCCUAAACUUCGGAAAACUAGUAUCAUUCGCCCCUUCGCCUUCUCUACCCUACCAUGGAUCUGAAUCCUAAAUACGAUAACUACGAUUUCCCUUAUACGGCGGUCAUGCCGCAAGAUGGGCAUGCCGGGCACUUGACCGAGCAGCAGAUUGCCAAGGUUCAUCAGUUGCGAAUGAUGCUGGAGGCCGAGGGGUAUACGGAUCGCCUAGACACCCUGACAAUGUUGCGAUUCCUCCGUGCACGCAAGUUUGAUGUUAAUCUGGCCAAGCAGAUGUUCAUUGACUGCGAGAAGUGGCGAAAGGAGACUAAGCUAGACGAGGUCGUCCCCAUUUGGGACUACCCUGAAAAGCCCCAGGUUGCUAAGUACUAUAGGCAGUUCUACCAUAAGACAGAUAAGGAUGGCCGUCCGCUUUAUGUCGAGACUCUCGGUGGCAUUGACCUCACUGCCAUGUAUAAGAUCACCACCUCCGAGCGUAUGCUUACCAACUUAGCCGUGGAGUACGAACGCGUCGCAGAUCCUCGCCUUCCGGCCUGCUCCCGCAAGGCUGGCUCCCUCGUUGAGACCUGCUGUACCAUUAUGGACCUCAAGGGCGUUACGCUUACUAAGGUGCCAUCGGUUUACUCCUAUGUCCGCCAGGUUUCAGUAGUCUCUCAAAACUACUACCCUGAGCGUCUAGGCAAACUUUACAUGAUUAAUGCCCCCUGGGGCUUCUCUACUGUCUGGAAUGUCGUUAAGGGCUGGCUUGAUCCUGUUACUGUUGAAAAGAUCCAUGUUUUGGGUUCUGGGUAUAAGACCGAGUUGCUUAAGCAGGUCCCCGCUGAGAACUUGCCUAAGGAGUUCGGCGGUACUUGCGAAUGUGAGGGCGGCUGCGACAAUUCUGACGCUGGCCCCUGGCGUGAGGCCGAGUGGGUCAAGCCCGCCAAGUGGGAGAAGAAGAAGGACGAUGCUAUUGCCACUAACAUUGCCUCUGCUGCUGAGAAGACGGAGGACCCUGAGGUGACGACAGGCGUCGAGCCCGCUCCUGGUCCGGAGUCUCAGGAGGCCAAGCAGGCCGCGUAAUCUCGAUAGAUUCCCCCUUUUCCCACCAGCUGCCCUUUCCAGUCUCUAGACUAGAUCCAACUUUUUUUUCUUUCUUACAAAAGGAUAUAUGCUAUGGCCGGCUUGAAUUAAUUGAAUUAUUGAGGUUAAUGAGGUUUACGUUGGAAUGAAGCGCAGAAUUAACGAAGAAAUUUUUAUGUAUAGGGUUUAAAUAACAUUAGGAGUCAACUACCCACCGGUGAAAACAACAUCUAGCUUUAGGACAGUUUGUGCAAGAUAGCUCUUGCGCAAAAGUGCCACUCGAUUGAGA